AUGAUUCAAAAAGAGUUUAAUAGAUUCACAGAUGCAGAAGGUAACUUUUUAAUUAGCAUAGAUCGUAAUUAUGUAAGAUUUAAAAUAUCAUUACAUCUUGAUGAUGUUGAAACUCUUAAUACUAUAAAAUCUAAACUUAACAUUGGUAGCGUAGUUACAGAGAAAAGCAGAAAUAGCUGUUCAUUUGUAGUACAAGAUUUUACAGAAAUUAAAUAUGUUAUAUGUGCUAUAUUUAAUAAGUUUCCUUUAUUAACAAAUUUUUAUAAAGCUGUUAUUAUAAAAGAUAAUAACAAUAGAUUAUCUGAUGUAGAUAAAGAAAGAGUAAUAAACCUUAAAAAUGGUAUUAAUUCUCAGCGAUUUAGAGAAGGUGAAGGGACUUUUAAAGACAGGAUCCUCUAUGUAUUUACAAGUGGCUCAAAAAACACAAGUCAAGCUUGUUUAAAUGCAAUAGUAACCUUUUUAACAUCCUUAGGUAGUAUUUUAAAGCAACAUAGUAAAAUACUACCCUUGAAUGUAGUAAGUACGGUUAAUGCAAAAACUAAUGUCACAUCAUUAGUUGUAAGUAGUGUUGAUGCACUUUAUUAUUACAUUUUUCCCUUAUUAGAUAAUCAUACCAUGUAUACUUAUAAAUAUACAAAUAUUUUAAACAAAAGAUAUAGUACAGGUCCUAUUCAAAAUGUAGAUGGUAUUAUUACGAAUAUAUUUGAAAGAUAUAAGGAUAUACUUUUAAAGGAUCCUCCUUUUGAUGUAAGUUCUAAUAUACCUCAUUUGAAUAAUGUACGGUAUUAUGAGAGGCUAAAUAAAUCUGAAAGCCCUAAAACAGUAUAUAUAUAUGAAAAUGGUAAUCUAAUAGAUGGUACUCCUUUUGCUUCUUUUAGUUGGCGAACGCCUACUCAUAGAGCUUUAGGAUUCUAUAAGUCUAAGUCUUUACUUUCAUCUAAACCUAUAGAUAAUGCAUCUAAGAUUUAA